CAUUCCAUCUAGAACUUACUACCGAGUAUCGUUAUUCUAAAACAGAUGUACAUAUCUAUAUGCUAUAUUUCUGGUUGAUUAAUUGCUCUGAAGUCGUUACUAAAUGAAAUAAUUCAGACAUGUGAUCAAUGAUCUGAACGUAUUUUAGAGAGCCAUGGAUGCAGCAAAGGCUUUACAACGAGGCAGUGGUGUAUCACACAAUGAAAACCUUAUCAGAGACACAACAGUGACCUCUUCUUCAAAUUGCAACAAGUCCUUUUCCUCCUUAACAUAUAUAUCUCCAUCACAUAUGAAAACUGAACAGAGCUCAAGUAUUACCCCAUCUGAUCUAAUGCAGUCUGUCGUUCGGCUCGAAAGAAGCAACACCACAGAUAGUCCGGAUUCUCAAGGCAGAGGGGAGAUUAAGUCCGUAGUUCGAGUGAAGGACCCCACCCUGGAUUUCUCACCCCUAAUGGCAAUACUCCGGCCUCAUACAGACCUUAACAAGCCACCGCCCAACUGGUUAAGGAGGAGACCACCUCCUCGGCCACAGUCAGCCAGACAGUUCUUCUGGCCAAAAAGGGUUUCAAGUUUUAUGAUGGCAAAUGAUACUUUAGAUCUGACCGGAGAGGUUGAUGUGAUCUCACAAGCUAAGAACAUUAAAAAACUGUUGAAGAUGCCAUUUUCAUCUAAAUCCCAGAUUAGUAUGAUGGUACACAAAGUUGACAAUUCCCUUUUGAUCGAUGACUUCGAUAUUCAUAAAAAUCUGCUGAGGAAACAGAAUGAUGACUGGAAAUGGUUGAGGGAAUUCUAUUUAGAAUCUGUGAAAAAAGACAUGCAGAUGAAAUGUGUGCCAAAGAAGAAGAAGAGCAGGAACCAUCUGCAGAAUAAGAACAUGUUGUCAAAAUUUCUCUAUAGGAGUGUACAGGAGGCUCUGAAUUCAGGAGAAUCACUGCCGGUGACAAGGCUGAACAGAAAUGUCAGUGAGCAAGACGAAUUUUCAGAGGACUCCUUUGGACAGCAGAGAGAGGUGACAUGGACCUUUGAGAACAUUCAGAUGUUGAUUGGAACAGAUUUACCCAUCUUCAACCGUGGUGCCAAUUACCCGUGUGUCAGUCUACGAUUAAGAGACAUGAAUACGCCAAUCAAUGUACUGACAGGAUUAGAUUACUGGCUGGAUAACUUGAUGUGUAAUGUUCCGGAAGUGGCCAUGUGUUUCCACGUGGAUGGCAUCGUCCAGAAAUACGAGCUGAUUCAGACGGAGGAUAUUCCGAACCUAAAAGACUCGGAGUUUGACCCCCACAUGGUGACUGACAUUGCCUGUAAUAUCCUGUCCUUCCUGAAAUCUAAUGCCACAAAAGAGGGUCAUACGUACUGGUUAUACAAAGGGGUGGAUGAUGAUGUGGUAAAGUUGUACGACCUGACCUCACUUGCGGACAGUCAUGAGGACCAGUCUACUCCCUUCACUGUACCCCUCGGGAGGCUAUUGUACCGUGUAGCUUGCAACAUGAUUAAAAAUGGUAACAAAAGUAAAAAGAAAAUUCAACUUCUGUUGGAGAACUGUUUGCUGCUCCUGGAUGAAGAAAAACAUUCACAGAUGUGUACAUCUGCACACUACCUCCUGUCAGAUGUGGUGGUGCCGGACGGCUUCAUUGAGGAUGGUUGGACAGAUUCGGCUGAUAAAGAUUCAGAUGAAGAGGAAACUGACACUCACUCUAAAGAGUCGGAUAACUCGGACCUGGAAGAAGAGCAAUUUACGUCUGUGACCGUGAAGACGUUGUGUAAACAGAAUGGCUACAGAAAACAGUUCCAGACCAAGAACAAACCUAUGGUGACUGAUGUCACACAAAGAUGUAUGGACGCUGUUAAACACACUGCUCAGGGUUUGUUAUGCCUUGAUAAGGACUUCACCAAACAGGUUUGGAAAGAGAAGAGCAAGGUGGAGGAACAGCUCACCUGUAACAAAAGCACGGCGAUUCCUCUGUAUUAUGAACCCCUGCAGAAAUCAGCCCCACCUCACAACGACACAGAACCGCUCCUUCAUGACAAGGACCAAUCAGUGGUGGAGGCGGAGACCUCUGUCACGUGGCACCGUACCUUGAAGGCUCUCCUUCUGAAGAAAGCUGCUGUAGCCCUUUAUACGCUAGCAAGAGGUGUGGCUGCAGAGAGUCAGGCCGGAAAUAGUCUCCGCCUCCUGAAGAUUUCACUGCAGUGUUUUGAUGCCAUGAAAAUUCUCCUUCCUAAGAAAGCCACAGAACAUGGUGAACUUCUGUGUGGCAUGCUGGGACUAGCGGGGGAUGUUCUCCUCCUCUGUAUUCACCGGAACUUAAGCCGAGAGUCUGUGAUGGAAGAAAUGUCGAACUACACAGACGAUGAGAUCAGUCUGUCCGAGAGUGUGUCCAGGGAGUUGGAGAGUUUUGAGUAUGAAUGGGUAUUUGAGCCGAAGAUUGGGGAUAUUGAUGGCUGUUUGAACCAGUGUUGUCAGUGCUACCAGGAGGGGCUGAGAGCACUGAAAUCAUCGGGGGACAACUGCAAAGGGGGAUUGGUGACUUCCCUAAAGAAGCGCUUUGCCAACAUUAAGAAUGAGCUGGGUGUGUGGUACAUGAACCAAGCCCAGUCCUGCCUACAGACAGAAGAAUCUUUAUAUCCUACUCCUAAAAUGGAGACCCUUUGCCAAACAUCCUUAUCAGCACUGGAAGAGGGAGUGUCUGUGUUUGAAAGUUUAUCAGACAAAGCUAAUGCAGCCCUGCUGUACACAAACAAAGGCAGGCUGAUGAGGGUGUACGCUCAGGCACAUACACAGAACACCAUGCUCCAGAACCAGCCACAAUUCAGCGAAGUGGAACGCACAUAUUAUAAUCAGGCCUUAGAUUGCUACAACAAGGCUCUAGAACAGAUCCAUGGCGGCCAUUAUUCAGAUAUCUGGGAGUCCGUCUGCUGGGAAAUGUCUACCUGCUACUUCAACAUGGCCAUUCUUCUGCAGGAUUAUGCACCACUUAAGAAGUACACCCAAGAUGAGGUACAGAGAGAGGUGGUGGAGUUUAUGUCGAAAUCUCUGAAAUACUGCAGCGUGGACACUAAAUCAGCCAAACAGCCCAUGUGUCAGUAUCGUGCUGCCACCAUUCACCACCGACUGGCCUCCCUCUACCACAACUCUCUAAGAAACCAACAGAAUUCGGAGCAGAAGAAGAAAUACCUGCGUCAGCUAAUGGAGACACACUACAGAAAAGCUGAGGGGCUUUUCUCCCUUCUGGAGUGUCACACAGAACUUCUAAGAGUCUUAUUGGAGCAGGUGGCUUAUUUGGAGUACCUAUUUAAUGGUCUGACUGGUACAAAAUCCCAUCUGAAGACUCUAAUGUCAGCUGUCAAGUGCUUGCUGGAUUGUAGAAGGGUGCUAGAUCACAUGAUCAAACAACUGGAUGAUCCGGACUUGAGCGAGAAGGUACAGUCUGAAGGACCGAGCCUGACCGACAUACUGGAGUCCAGACUGCAGUUCAUUCUUCUACAGCUCAUCAAGUGCUUCAAGGCCAACAAACAAAGCAAACAGAAUGUUGAGGGGAAAAUGAAGUCACUGUACCGACAGAGUUUAGAGAAAAGAGAUGCUACAAAAGGUGCACAGAUGAAAAGUCGCUGGAUCCAUCUCGUUCAAUUGUUGGAGGAACUUCAAUGUCUGCAACAAGACAUUCUUCCAAAGGAAUCGGAGUUUACUUAAGUCAUUACAUGCCAAAUUAUCAAAUUGUAAAAAUGAGGAGAAUAAAGUAUAUUUGUGUUUUUUCCA